GGACGCAGUGCAGGUAGUCAGGAUGACUUGGAAAUGGAAUUCAGUCCUACUGAUACUACAGCUGAGUUAUUACUUUAAUUCUGGAAGCUGUGGGAAAGUACUGGUGUGGCCCAUGGAAUACAGCCACUGGAUGAAUAUAAAGGUAAUACUGGAUGAACUCAUCUUGAGGGGUCAUGAAGUAACUGUUUUGAGACCAUCAUCUGCUAUUUUCAUUAAGAGCAAUGAAGUAUCCAGCAUUAAAUUUGAAACUUACCCUUCGUCUUAUACUACUGAAGAACGGAUCACUAUUUCCACAGAAAUGAUCAGACGAUGGACAUAUGAAAUGCCAAGAACAUGUUUGGCAUAUUCACCAUUACUGGAGAAUAUCAUGUGGAAAUUUUCUAAUAUUUGGCUAAAUAUUUGUAGAGAAGCUGCUUUGAACAAGGAAUUCAUUGCUCAAUUACAAAAAGGAAGAUUUGACAUUGUGAUUGUAGAUCCCAUUGGUGCUUGUGGGGAACUUCUGGCUGACCUAUUGAAGGUUCCUUUUGUGUACAGUAUCCGCUCCUCUCCUGGCUACAAAAUAGAAAAGUAUAGCGAUGGGUUUCUAUUCCCUCCUUCUUAUGUGCCUGUCAUUUUGUCAGGACUAAGUGGUCAAAUGACAUUCAUGGAGAGGAUAGAAAAUAUGUUAUGCAUGCUUUACUUUGACUUUUGGUUUGAGAUAUUUGAUUUGAAGAAGUGGAAUAACCUUUACAGUGAAGUUUUAGGACAACCCACUACUUUAAUGGAGACCAUGAGUAAAGCAGAAAUCUGGCUUAUUCGAUCUUACUGGGACUUGGAAUUCCCUCGCCCAACUUUACCAAAUGUUGACUUUGUUGGAGGACUCCACUGCAAACCUGCCAAACCCUUGCCUAAGGAAAUGGAAGACUUUGUGCAGAGCUCUGGGGACAAUGGUGUGGUGGUGUUUUCCCUGGGGUCAAUGGUUGGUAACAUAACAGAGGAGACAGCCAAUGAGAUUGCAUCAGCACUGGCACAAGUUCCACAAAAGGUUCUUUGGAGAUUUAAUGGAAAGAAACCAGAUACCUUAGGACCGAAUACUCGGCUGUACAAGUGGCUCCCCCAGAAUGACCUCCUUGGCCAUCCCAAAACAAAAGCUUUCAUCACUCAUGGUGGAGCUAACAGCAUCUAUGAGGCGAUCCAUCAUGGGAUUCCCAUGGUGGGCAUUCCUUUGUUUGGGGAACAACAUGAUAACAUCGCUCAUAUGGUGGCCAAAGGAGCAGCUGUUCAACUGGAUAUAAGAGCAAUAUCAAGUAAAGACUUGCUCAGAGCACUGGAAGCAGUCAUUAACAACCCUGUCUACAAAAAGAAUGCUAUGUGGUUAUCAACCAUUCACCAAGAUCAACCUAUGAACCCACUGGAUCGAGCUGUGUUCUGGAUCGAAUUUGUCAUGCGCCACAAAGGAGCCAAGCAUCUGAGGCCACUUUCCCACAACCUCACCUGGUACCAGUACCACUCUCUGGAUGUCAUUGGAUUCCUACUGGCCUGUGUAGCCACUGUUACCUUCCUUGUCUUAAAAUGUUGCUUGUUUGUUUACCAAAAGGUUUUGAAGAAGGGAAAGAAGGAAAAGAGCGAGUAGAGCUUUCAACACCUCAGGGAAUGGACUAAGACCAUACUAAGCAAUACCAUCCUAAUGAUUUUGAGCACAUUCAAAGUAGGAGAGAUUCUCCUCCACAUUUUACUUAAACCUAUGGCUUUGGUAUAUUCAAAUGGCUUUUAUUCCUGAUUAAACAUGAAGUAAUGUACAAUUCUAAUUUCAGAAUUCCCCCAAAAGUUACAUUUGAGUCAAUGAAGCAGUUAUUGUAACUGAAUCUACCGAGACCCAUGGAAAUUUGAGCAUGUUAAAUGGAGGGAUGCAUAAAAUCCAAAGUUUUGUUGUGCAUUUCCAGAAGGGGAAUAUUUUGGUAAACUAUGAUCAAAUGAAGUUUUUGCUUGUCUGCCCAAAGAAAAGCAGACGGGAGGUUAAAGGAAGUAACACACUUUAUUCAGACUACUGAAAUAUGGGACAGAGUUGACAAUAACUGAAGUGACCUUCUCAUGAGUCAAAGCCAAACAUAAACAGUGAAUAAGAGAAAAUGAAGAAGGGACAAUUAAAGGAGACAACAGAUUUAUCUGAAGAUAGCCAAUUCCAAAAGAA